GGGGUUUUCACUGGCCGGGCUCCGCUAACCCUACUGGGGUCUGUGUCUCUGUGCCUGUGGGCCCGGUGGUACCUGGGCGAGGAGGCCGUUGUUCGCUCGCGGGCCGGCGCGGUUACCAGGGCUGAGCGCUGGGACUGACCACCCCCACCUCCCUCCCGACUUCUCCGCCUCAGAGGUGCCUCGGAGCGGCUGCGGCCCCGGGACUCGGCCCGGGGCAACGAGGGGCCCUUCCUCGCUCGGGGCUCGGAUGGGAGGCGUUGGGAGCAGCGGCCUGGGAUGUUCAGUCUGAUGGCCAAUUGCUGCAGCUGGUUCAAGCGGUGGCGGGAGCCGGUCAGAAAGGUGACUCUUGUGAUGGUGGGACUUGAUAAUGCUGGUAAAACGGCAACAGCAAAGGGAAUCCAAGGAGAGUAUCCUGAAGAUGUAGCUCCUACUGUUGGAUUUUCUAAAAUUGACCUUAGACAAGGAAAAUUUGAAGUCACCAUCUUUGACUUGGGAGGUGGAAAAAGGAUUCGGGGAAUCUGGAAGAAUUACUAUGCUGAAUCCUAUGGGGUAAUAUUUGUUGUGGAUUCCAGUGAUGAAGAGAGAAUGGAAGAGACAAAAGAAACCAUGUCAGAAGUACUAAGACAUCCUAGGAUAUCGGGAAAGCCUAUACUGGUGUUGGCAAAUAAACAGGACAAGGAAGGGGCAUUAGGAGAAGCUGAUGUGAUUGAAUGCCUGUCUCUGGAAAAAUUGGUCAAUGAACACAAGUGCCUAUGUCAAAUAGAACCUUGUUCAGCAGUCUUGGGAUAUGGAAAGAAAAUUGACAAGUCCAUUAAAAAAGGCCUUUACUGGCUACUACAUAUCAUAGCAAGAGACUUUGAUGCCUUAAAUGAACGCAUCCAAAGAGACACAACAGAACAACGUGCUCUUGAAGAACAAGAGAAACGAGAGAGGGCUGAACGAGUGCGGAAAUUACGAGAAGAAAGAGAACAAAGAGAAAGAGAGCAGGCGGAACUCAAUGGAACCAGCAGCCUGGCUGAGUUGGACUCCGAACCAAUUAUUGUUAAUCCUUUCCAGCCAAUCGCGUCUGUCAUCCUUGAGAAUGAAAGAAAACUUGAAAAAGAGAAAAAGAGACACAGUAUGGAGAAAGACAGUGAUGGCCUGCCCCCAAAACUUAAAAUGGAGAAUGAGCAAAUAGAGACACAGAGCCAGAUCAGUGACAACAGCCAAAAAAACAAUGAGCUUGGAAUAGUUGAAAAUUAUAAAGAGGCAUUAACACAGCAGUUGGAGAAUGAAGAUGAUAUAGACCAGCGAUCAUCAGAAUCAGAUAACAGUAAAAAGAAAACUAAGAAACUAAGAAUAAAAAGGAGUCACCGUGUGGAACCUGUUAAUACAGAUGACUCUGCUCCUAAGAGUCCCACACCACCCCCUCCACCUCCUCCUGUUGGCUGGGGAACCCCCAAAGUCACUAGACUUCCAAAACUUGAGCCUCUUGGUGAAACACGUCAUAAUGAUUUCUAUGGGAAGCCACUGCCUCCCCUGACUGCGCGACAGAGACCUAACAGUGAUGCUCAUGAUGUGGCUUCGUGACCCAGUCAUGGGGAUGAGCUUUUUAAAGAUCUGCAAGAUGAACUAGAAGACCUUACUUCUCAAAGAAGAAAAACCCUAAGCGUUGAUGACUGGGAUGACUGGGGCAAGAUAACCAUAGUGAUUUCAGUGAGAUAAAUAGCCAAAGACCUGACAGAUAGGACAAUUACCCAUGUUAUUCAUGGUUGUAAAAAAAAAAAAAAAAAAAAAAAGGAAGCAAAAUGACCAGUAGACGGGAUGAGCAUUUGAAUCAAGUUAGCAGGAGUUACUGUUGACUCUGGUUUUUACAGUCCUACUCCUGGGCAUAUUCCUGAAGGAAAACCUCUUCAGAAAAAGAGCCAAUGGACUCUACACACUUUCUUUACUGUUUGUUUAAUAGUCUUUAUUACUGUAUCUUAAACACAUUUUUUUUGUAAGAUACAUGUGCAUGGAAGGGGAACUCUUGGGAAUUUAUAACCUAAGUUUUUAACUUUUUAUAUUUUUCUAAAACAUAAUUUUAAUUACUAUGAUAUUGCACUUUUCUAUAGAUGCUUUGUUUAAAUUGUGUCUGGAAAUGGAGUUGAUUUACUUGACAAACAUAAACUCCACAAACAACAUAUUUAUAUGGUUUCAGAUAUAUUUCAUAAUAGUAUUAUUCUUGAAGUAUACAUCCUAAUUUUACCCAAUUUUAAAAUAAUACCUUUUAAAAAUAGAUUCUUAGAUCUUUAUUCUACCAAAUUAUAUUAUUUGAAAACACUACCCAAGGAGAGUUCAAUUUUUUUGUCAGUUCCUUUUUUUGGUAAUGAUCACAAUAAAUAAAAAAGAGACUUGAAAUAUGUUUUUGACCUAAGUGCUUUUUAAAUUAAUAAAAAUGUCAUGUGAGAUAUUAUUAAAAUUCCUAAUGAACACCUCUUUUAUAAGAUAGAUCAUUUCAGAUCAAGGUGCUCCGUGUUACCCCCUCAUUCUGUCAGAAGCUUCAGUGACUCUUUUAGGUUAUUCUAAUUGUUUUGUGCCUUGGAAAUAAAGGCAGAAAGACUGGAAAAGCGACUGUAGUACAGAGACUGGUGUUUUAUAACCAGGAAAUGCUUGGGUACUAAUCAAUAAGAAUAAAAAUGAUGGUUUAAAAUUACUUUUGUGAAGAAAUAGUUCCAAGAUAAUUUCUCAAUUUAAAAUAAUAGCACUUCUCUUGCACUAAAGAAUGGCAUCUAUAGGAUUUUCUACUUGUCUGGCAUUUAGACGAACUUAUAGAAAUAUACUUCAAACUUAUAGAAAUAUACUUUGAGUAAUAGAUUCAUAGUGUUGCACUUAACUGAAAGUGUACAUUUAUAUCAAGAUGAAAAUGCAAUAUGAAAAUACAAUAUGAAUGCUUAUCACCUUGUUAAAAUUGGUGAGUUGGGUAACUUGUACUGAAAACAGGCAUAUACUAGUAUCUGACAAUAACAAGAUUAAAUAUGUCUAAGACUGUUUAAUAUGGUUAUUUACUUUAAAAUUUUAACUUUGGAGAUUCACAUUUUAAUCAUAUUUUAUAACAACGUAAAUAUGAUAGAUGGCUGAAAUGUAAGGAAAAGCAACACAAGAACACAGAAUUUGAACUGGAUUUUAGAGAAAAACUUGUUUGUAUAUCUUUUUUGGCUCCUUUUCGUAACAUUUACAUUUAGUCAUUUUUUAAAAAAACUAAACUUAUACUUUUGCCACCUUUUUAAUUUUUAUCUAGUUUGAGAAUAAAUAAAAGUUAAAAUUUUUUUUUGUUUCCUACCAGUGAUUACUGUAGUAUACAAUAAAACUGAGUUCAUUUAU